AUGAAGUCCGUCGGUGAGAUCGUUUUGAUCCAAGAAGAUCAGCGCCUUGAGGUGUCAUGUGACUUGUGUCUCCGGCCGGAUCAGGACCAAAAAGAUUACGUCGUACGUUGGAGUCGGGCAUUGGCGUUGUCAGGGCGGGAACGAUUCAUACAACCAGAUGGUGAGAAAUUUCAAAUUAUUGGUGACACUUUGGUCGUUCAUCGUGUUUCAUUGGAGGAUGUGGGGGAAUAUUAUUGCACGAAAAAUGGUGGUUUGGAAAUUCGGUAUGUUGUCGACGUCGUCUUAGUUGAAAUGCAUCGAGAGGUCGUCGAACCAGGCAUGUCAGGAAAUCUUCCAGCGAAAAACUCUGUUUUGAAGGAGCGGAAUUUAAAAUUGACCACGCGAUGGUUGUCUUGGAGUGAAUGUGAUAAAUGUGGUCGAGGUGGCCAGAGGCGGCGGAUUGGUGUAUGCACGGUGUUAAAAAAUGACCAUGACAAACCGGUUGCACCGCUUCCAAUCCCUACUCUUGAUCAGUUUGUAUCCGGUGUACCGUGUCGUUCAAGUCUCUUGCCUCCAAUUCUCCGAGCAUUGAACGAGAUUGCAGGGCGCGACAGUGAGAUUAUGAUCGGGAAAUGUUUUCUGCCGUGUCCGUCAUAUGCGACGAGAACUUUCACCGAUGCCACUGGCAAGGUUGUCGACUCAGUACAAGUUGAAGAAAAAUACUUCGACGUUGGAACUGCAAGGCCGACAUUUCUACCACUUGUUUCCAGGAAAUCAUUAUACGAGAAACAAGGAGUAGACAUCGUACUAGAUUGUCCGCACAAGUCGAAGGGGAACGUAUUAAUAAGGUGGCAAAAUGGAACAAAUCUCAUCAAUCCUGCGACGAUAAAAAAAGCGACAAAUGGACGCGUUACAGUUGACAUUUACGGCCGUUUGCAUAUCAAGAGUUUACAGUUUACAGACACACGGACAAUGAGUUGUUGGACUCACGGGCGACUGGUUGCCACGAUGAAACUCGUGAUUGUCGGAGCUAAGGAUUACAGUAUCAAAGACUAUGUUGUUUAUGCUGGCUGCGGAAUGGUUGGCUUAACGAUUUUGAUAAUUGCGAUUGGGGUCUGCGCUCAACGGAAUAAAAAAACAAUGCGAUAG